GGGCAACACCCGGGUGGAGGAAGCCUGCGAGAUGUACACCAGGGCUGCCAACAUGUUCAAGAUCGCCAAAAACUGGAGCGCUGCAGGGAACGCAUUCUGCCAGGCGGCCAAGCUGCACAUGCAGCUCCAGAGCAAACACGACUCAGCCACCAGCUUUGUGGACGCCGGGAACGCCUACAAAAAAGCUGACCCACAAGAGGCCAUCAACUGCUUAAAUGCAGCUAUCGAUAUCUACACCGACAUGGGGCGAUUCACCAUCGCUGCCAAGCAUCACAUCACCAUCGCCGAGAUCUACGAGGCCGAACUGGUGGACAUCGAGAAGGCGAUCGCGCACUACGAGCAGGCUGCGGAUUAUUACAAGGGCGAGGAGUCCAACAGCUCAGCCAAUAAGUGUCUGCUGAAGGUGGCUGCCUACGCCGCGCAGCUGGAGCAAUACCAGAAGGCGAUAGAGAUCUACGAGCAGGUUGGGACAAACACGAUGGAUAACCCUCUGCUCAAGUACAGCGCGAAAGAGUAUUUCUUCAAAGCUGCUCUAUGUCACUUCAUUGUGGACGAGCUCAACGCGAAGCUUGCGCUCGAGAAAUACGAGGAAAUGUUCCCGGCGUUCACAGAUUCGCGAGAGUGCAAGCUAUUGAAAAAACUGCUGGAAGCCCAUGAGGAGCAGAAUAGCGAGGCAUACACCGAGGCG